AUGGAGGACGGGGUGAUGCCGGGCUCGCGCAUCCGUGAGGGCGAUUGCGCCGUCCUGAAGCGGGACGAUGUCUUCAAAGCGGUACCCGUGCUACGGCGGAGAAAAAUAAUUUUUGAGAAGCAGUGGUUCUAUCUGGAUAAUGCCAUCGGACAUAGUUAUGGAACUACGUUUGAAGUAACCAGUGGUGGAAACCUCCAGCCAAAGCAAGAGAUGGAAGAGACUACCACAGAAACAAAAGAAGCAGGUACAGAUAAUCGUAACAUAGUUGACGAUGGAAAGUCUCAAAAACUGACUCAUGAUGACAUAAAGGCUUUGAAGGACAAGGGUAUUAAAGGACAGGAAAUAGUUCAACAGUUAAUAGAGAACAGCACAACGUUCAGAGACAAAACGGAAUUUGCUCAAGAUAAAUACAUAAAGAAGAAGAAGAAAAAAUAUGAGGCAGUUAUUACAAUUGUGAAGCCAUCCACUCGCAUUCUUUCAACAAUGUAUUAUGCAAGGGAACCUGGGAAAAUUAACCACUUGCGAUACGAUACCCUAGCUCAGAUGUUGACUUUAGGAAACAUCCGUGCGGGCAACAAGAUGAUUGUCAUGGAAACGUGUGCAGGCCUCGUGCUGGGCGCCGUGAUGGAGAGAAUGGGAGGCUAUGGAUCCAUUAUUCAGAUGUAUCCAGGAGGGGGACCCAUUAGAGCUGCUACCAGUUGUUUUGGGUUUCCAAAACAUUUUUUCGAUCAUCUUCACGAAUUUCCUCUCAGCAAAGUGGACAGUCUCCUCUCAGGGACAUUUUCUACAGAGACUCUGCCUUCAGAACCUGAAGAUAACACACUAGUGGAAGAAGAAAGCAAUGGAUUGACUGAUGAAAAGCAGACUUUCCUACAGGAAACAGAAGAGGAACCUGCUACUGAAGCAGCUAUGGAGAUCAGCCAAACAGAGGAGCAAGAAACAAUGGACAUUAAUGCUGAACGUGUAGAAUGUAAAGAGAAUAAAGAAAAGGAAAGUAAAGAAAAUGUCCGGGAAAAGCAGAGAAAACAAUGGGAGAGAAGGAAAAAGCUAAUGGAAGCUGCUGCUUUGUUGGGAGAGAAGAAUGCUGAUGGCUUAAUUGUAGCCAGCAAAUUUCACCCCACGCCUUUAUUGCUUGCUCUAUUGGAAUUCGUUGCUCCUUCAAGGCCUUUUGUUGUCUACUGCCAGUAUAAAGAGCCGUUAUUAGACUGCUACACAAAGCUGAGGGAGAGAGGCGGCGUUAUCAACCUAAAGCUGUCUGAAACCUGGCUACGAAACUACCAGGUGUUGCCAGAUCGAAGCCACCCAAAGCUGACGAUGAGUGGAGGUGGAGGGUACCUCCUGUCUGGUAUAACUGUUGUCUUGGAUAAGGGCAAGUCAGAUUCCAGUAACUCAGAAGCACUUAGGAUGGAAGAACCGUCAUCUAAAAGAUGUAAAGUUCAAGACCUGCACUGUUAACGUUGGGAGAUUUGAUUUGUCUGUUAGAUCUCAGGAGUCUUACUGUUAAUAAAACAACCAGCAGACUUUCUGUGCUAUUGACAGCACAGAAAUUGUACCUGUCACACACCUGUGAGCAAGACACGGCCAAAUGGUGAGGCAGGAGGGUCGUCUCCCUCUUUACCAGGUUACAUGAUCAGACUGAGAAGAAAAACCCUUGGAAACAAACAUCCCACAGAAAACACACUGACUUCAAAAAGAAGACCAAGGAUGAAGCCUUGGGGAAGGCAUUCUGGUUGGUCGUUGCCAAAAGUGGAUAUAUGAUGAAGUAGGUUGAGUCUGAUUCAAAACAUCUGAUUUAGUUCCUCAUCUUCCCAGAACAGCAUCAGGAUAAAGCAUUUCACAUGGUGAUCUGCCCCUGCUGUGGGCACGCAACCCAGCUGUUCUGUGGUUUGAGGAAGUAGAACGGACGGCAAGAAUCAGACACUUCUUUCUCCUUUCCAAAGGAACAAUGAGAAUUGAUCCCCAGUACCAGAAGUGUACAGCGUGACCCCGUGGUUUCCUCAAACAAACACAGCAGAGAAAGUGCAUGUUCAUGAAUUAAAAUACCAAAUAUUUAAACAGAAUGUCUCUGUUAGUGUUGCCUGUCAUGUUCCUGGGGUUUUAUUUUCAGACAGAACUAUUUUGCAAGCCACUGUGUGUGUUUAAUAUAUUUAUUCUACUGUUCUGUCUUUCAUGCAGGGCAGCUUUUUUAUUCCUUUUUUUUAAACUUUGCUUUUGCCAUUUGAAUUAAACUGCAGGAUGGUUUUUCCUAA